AUGCUCAUAUUGCGUCGUGGUCUCCAAGUGCAUUCAUCGACACGCUGUGUGCUCUUAUCAACUGCCAGUAUCAACAAUGACAACAAGUUUCAAUUCGAAUCACUUGCAUUCGAGAAUAAAAAGCUGCUUCCUGCGCCAAUCGUGACUCGACGUGUGCUUGAAUAUCUCGAAGUGAAUCCCAACAUCA